AUGCCGCGGAGGGCGGUCCAGGCGCGGAGGGGCCUAGCGAGGCCUGGCGAAGCCUGGCGAAGCCUGGCGGAGCCCGACGGCCUUGCGGCCGGGAAGAACGAAGGCCUGGCGGGGCCUGGAGAAGCCUGGGGCCCAGCGGCCAAGAAGAGCUGCGAUGACCGGGUGGACCAGCGUACCUGUCUGAUCUGCGGGGACCGGGCCACGGGCCUGCACUACGGCAUCAUCUCCUGCGAGGGCUGCAAGGGCUUCUUCAAGCGCAGCAUCUGCAACCGGCGGGUCUACCGAUGCAGCCGUGACAAGAACUGCGUCAUGUCGCGCAAGCAGCGCAACCGCUGCCAGUACUGCCGACUCCUCAAGUGCCUCCAGAUGGGGAUGAACCGGAAAGCCAUCCGCGAAGACGGCAUGCCGGGGGGCAGGAACAAGAGCAUUGGACCUGUCCAGAUCUCCGAGGAAGAGAUCGAGCGGAUCAUGUCCGGUCAGGAAUUCGAAGGGGAGGCCAACAUCUCCUGGUGCAACAACGGAGACAGCGACAACAGCUCCCCGGGCAACGGGGUGUCGGAGAGCAAUCAGCCUUCUCCGGUCUCGACGCCCUCUUCCAGUAGGUCGGUGGAGAUGAACGGGUUUACAGUUCUCAGGGACCAGUACAUGGGCACGCCGGUGUCCGCCCCUUACCAGUACCUGCCGCACCUUCUCAGCUGCCCGACUCACACCGCCCUGCUGCCCCCCCAGCCCCGCACCCUUGACCCCCAGGCCCACGGGCUGCUCAUCAGCCAGCUGGUGUCCGCGGAGGACCUGGAUCCCUUGGGCACCCCGAUGCUGAUUGAAGAUGGGUACCGAGUGACCCAGGCCGAGCUGUUCGCCCUGCUGUGUCGGCUGGCGGAUGAGCUGCUCUUCCGGCAGAUCUCCUGGAUCAAGAAGCUGCCUUUCUUCUGCGAGCUGUCCAUCAAGGACUACACCUGCCUGCUCAGCUCCACCUGGCAGGAGCUGAUCCUGCUCUCCUCCCUCACCGUCUACAGCCGGCAGAUCUUCGGGGACCUGGCGGACGUCACCGCCCAGUAUUCGCCCUCCGAUGAUGAGCUUCACAGGUUCAGCGAAGAAGGGAUGGAAGUUAUGGAACGCCUGAUCUACCUGUAUCGCAAGUUCAGCCAGUUGAAAGUCAGCAACGAGGAGUACGCCUGCAUGAAGGCCAUCAAUUUCCUCAACCAAGAUAUCCGGGGCCUGGCCAACGCCUCCCAGCUGGAGCAGUUGAACAAGCGAUACUGGUACGUCUGCCAGGACUUCAUGGAGUUCAAAUACCCGCACCAGCCAAACCGGUUUCCGGACCUGAUGAUGUGUCUACCGGAGAUCCGGUACAUCGCAG